AUGCUUGUGGACGCAGCUUGGUAUUUAAGAAGGCUACCGCCUCAAGCGUUGACCACAUUUUUACUUACUUCUUAUGUACUAUUGACAAUGCCAUCUUGUUACUGCUUUACAAUAAUACAGCAGCAGUUUACUGUCUACAGUAAUCCACAUCCUGCGAACCAUUUCAAAAAUUCAGCGGACAAACAGCAAGCUUUAAAUGACCUUUUAAUGGAAAAUGAUUAUCAGAAUUCAAAUGCAACAACUGAAGAAAUUGCUGAUUUUGUCAAUGAUACAGAUUCUAUAAUAGCUAACACACCAUUAAAUCAAACUUAUCACCAAAAUAAUAUUCAAUCAUCAACAAUACACUAUGAAUUAAUGCAUAAAUUAAUUCAUCAAAAUAAUCGAGUAGAAGUUUAUGCAAAUAAUCCUCAAGGAAAUGUUCGAAAUGUUCCCGAACAACGAUUCCGCGAUAUCCUUGAACGAAUUAUUCAAAAGCAUUUAGAAUUAGCACAGAAAAAAAUUACUUAUCCUUAUGCAAUUGAUACUAACUACAAAAAAAGCAAUUCUACUCAAGACAAUACUGAUGUUAAUCCAGCUAAUGUUCCUGCUCCAAUUGAUUAUAGUAAGCCAUAUAUGAUCAAGUGCGAUUCACGGGGUACAUGCUAUGCUAGUCCAUUAAACGAUGAUGAAGUUCCACCGCUGCCUAGUUAUAAAAAAGCUUUAACUUGUCCUCUUCAUCCAUCACCAAUUACACGUACAAAUUAA